UUCUAGACGCUGCGCGCGCAUCUUUCCUUUCCACCUCCUCGUGAUACCGCGGGCGACUGUAAGGCCUAGCGUAUUUUGUGAAUUGUUUGUGAGACCCUGCCGCCAUGUCCAAACGCCACCGUUUGGACCUCGGAGAUGACUAUGUUCACAACAAGAAGCGUAGUGAAGGGAAAGAGAGAGAUCGCGAUAGAGAUGACCGCUCAAAGGAUCGAGACCGGGAUCGUGACAGAGAUCGAGAAAGGGAUAAAGAAAAGGAAAUCCGAUCUCCUCAAAACUCCCCUUUCAUAACAGCUGGUGGCUUACCAACAAUAAAACCAGCAGCGCUCCCACAAGGCAUUAAUCCAUUCACCAACUUGCCCCACACACCACGAUAUUAUGAUAUAUUGAAAAAGCGUCUUCAGCUUCCAGUCUGGGAGUAUAAAGAACGUUUUACAGAUAUUCUUGUAAGGAACCAGUCCUUUGUUUUGGUUGGAGAGACUGGUUCUGGCAAAACUACUCAGAUACCACAAUGGUGUGUUGAGUAUAUGAGAGCAUUGCCUGGACCCAAGCGAGGUGUUGCAUGUACCCAGCCCAGAAGAGUGGCUGCUAUGAGUGUGGCCCAAAGAGUUGCUGAUGAAAUGGAUGUGAUGUUGGGUCAAGAAGUGGGUUACUCUAUUCGAUUUGAAGACUGCAGCAGUGCAAAAACAAUCUUGAAGUACAUGACUGACGGUAUGUUACUACGUGAAGCCAUGAAUGAUCCCCUGCUGGAGCGAUAUGGUGUAGUAAUUCUUGAUGAGGCCCAUGAAAGGACUUUAGCUACUGAUAUUCUAAUGGGUGUUUUAAAGGAGGUUGUUAGGCAAAGAAAUGACUUAAAGAUGCAGUAA